GGGGUGGUGCCGUGCAGAGCCGGGCUGGGCGGCGGGAGAGCGGGACGGGGGAGAGGCUUCGCCAUGAGGGAGAUCGUGCACAUCCAGGCGGGACAAUGUGGAAACCAGAUCGGUACCAAGUUUUGGGAAGUGAUCAGUGAUGAGCAUGGCAUUGACCCAGCCGGAGGCUAUGUCGGUGACUCAGCGCUGCAGCUGGAAAGGAUCAAUGUCUACUAUAAUGAAUCAUCCUCCCAGAAAUUUGUCCCAAGAGCAGUCUUGGUGGACUUGGAGCCAGGAACCAUGGAUAGUGUGCGAUCUGGUCCUUUUGGUCAACUCUUCCGGCCUGAUAAUUUCAUCUUUGGACAAACUGGUGCAGGAAACAACUGGGCUAAAGGACACUAUACAGAAGGGGCGGAGCUGGUCGAUUCUGUACUCGAUGUAGUAAGAAAAGAGUGUGAACACUGCGAUUGCCUGCAAGGAUUUCAGCUCACUCAUUCCCUGGGAGGAGGGACAGGCUCUGGCAUGGGAACCCUACUCAUCAGCAAGAUUCGAGAGGAGUAUCCCGACAGGAUAAUGAAUACCUUCAGUGUCAUGCCCUCUCCGAAGGUUUCUGAUACAGUGGUGGAGCCUUACAAUGCUACACUCUCUGUCCACCAGCUGGUUGAAAACACGGAUGAAACCUACUGCAUCGACAACGAGGCUUUGUAUGACAUUUGCUUCCGCACCCUGAAGCUCACCACUCCAACAUACGGGGAUUUAAACCACUUGGUUUCUGCCACCAUGAGCGGAGUGACUACGUCCCUGCGUUUUCCGGGCCAACUCAACGCCGACCUGCGGAAGCUGGCGGUGAACAUGGUCCCUUUCCCGCGCCUUCACUUCUUCAUGCCAGGCUUUGCUCCUUUGACAGCCCGAGGCAGCCAACAGUACCGGGCACUCACGGUUCCAGAGCUCACCCAGCAGAUGUUUGAUGCCAAAAAUAUGAUGGCAGCCUGCGACCCGAGGCACGGGCGAUACUUGACGGUGGCCACCGUCUUCCGUGGUCCCAUGUCGAUGAAGGAGGUCGAUGAGCAGAUGUUGGCCAUCCAGAACAAGAACAGCAGUUACUUUGUGGAGUGGAUCCCAAACAAUGUCAAGGUGGCAGUGUGUGACAUACCUCCUCGUGGCCUCAAGAUGGCUUCCACGUUCAUUGGCAACAGUACUGCCAUUCAAGAGCUCUUCAAAAGGAUCUCGGAGCAGUUUUCGGCCAUGUUCAAGAGAAAGGCCUUCCUCCACUGGUUCACAGGGGAAGGAAUGGAUGAGAUGGAAUUCACAGAAGCAGAAAGCAACAUGAAUGAUCUGGUUUCAGAGUAUCAGCAAUACCAAGAAGCGACAGCAAACGAUGGAGAGGAAGCAUUUGAAGAUGAUGAAGAAGAAAUCAAUGAAUAAAGAAAUCAGGUGUGGCAUUUUCCAAAACAAAUUCUCAAAUCUGGAUUUCUAAUAAUUAGGCUUACAGAUCUGUAUUUCAGCUUAAAAGAAAAAAAGGAAAAAGAAAAAAAAAGUGAAUGACUCUCAGAUGUUAGAGGUGCUCUUCAGAGUCCAUUGAGGUCACUGAGGACAUUCAGCAUUUCUGGAAAUCAGGCCAUUAUUGAGGCAAACAUAAGGCAUUCAGUUAAGACUUGUUCCUAAGAGUCUGAACACAGACUGCUAGCUUAUCUUUUUUUUUUUCCCAAACAGAAUUUGUCACACCCAAAGUUGUUCAAGAGAAGAGAUAAAAUAGGCAUGAAAAUCUUUAAAAUAGAGUUGCACUAUUUUUCACCCAAUUGUAAGAAAAUCUUGUGGGUUUGAACAUUCAUUCAGUACCAAAUGUACAAUACUGAACUGCCAGGAACAAAAGUUGUUAAUAAUAAAAAAAAAGAAGAAAGUGUCAUCAGCUAUUUUGUAUAGUCCCUAUAAGCAGUGAUAUUUGACUCCAGUCCUCUAAAACCAAAAUAAAAA